CGUAACGCGCCGCAGCGCACCUGACUCUCGGAUCGGCUUGUGGAAACUGUUGUAUUUACAACAGUGAUGCCUACACGGAUAGAGCAGCUCUCGAGGCCCAAACCAAACCUGCUCAAGUUCCCUGACAGGCGCUCAGUAUACUGGCUUGAUGAACUACCAACCAGGUCAAAGAACUCCACUACUGCUUUUGAACUGACUCCUCGCUUGGAGCUGCUCACCCAGAGCAAACAAUUAAGCCAUUUCACUGAGGAGAGCAGAAGGUCACCGGAGUGGAUGGUUAGUGCAGCAGCGCUAAAAGCAUGUCCUUCUGAAAGAGUGUGUUCACUGGCACUGCCUCGUAUUCCAGCUGAUGGAUGGCAGCCUGAACGCCCUCUGCUGACCACUUUAAGUGUUGCGGUUAAAACUGCCAAGCCGAGUGCAAGAAUAGAUCAGCUGGCGCAACCAAAGCGGGCGAAGACGCUAUUGAUGUACUGCAGUGUUGAUUCAAGCGCCCAUGCGAUCAGUGUUCCCAUCACACCCUCCUCACGCAUACUACAGCUGGCCUCUCCUAAGCAGGUUCAUGCACAACACUCUCUCGCGAGGCCUGUUUCUUGGCCGGUUCCAGAUAAUGUUCUGAAGGCCGUAGUCAGCGAGAGACUGCAGAUACUGGCCCGACCCAAGACCCGUCAGGCCCUGUUUGAGGGGUACGACCCCUACCGUGUCAGUCCUGCCGCUCGGGCCGCCACUGCGUCCCCCAGACUGCUGGAGCUGUCUUUACCCUUACCACGCAAAUGUAAAGGCCAAUAAGCAAUCAUCCCACCAUCCUUAGUCAAGCUCUUUUUCAAAAGUUGAUUAAAAUACAAUUAAAGCUUUAAUAUUGUGAAACGGUUAAAAUAGCCGUUUUCAAUUUGUGAUAUAUUUUAAAAUGUAAUUUAUUCCUGUGAGGCGCAGCUGAAUUUUCAGCAUCAUUACUCCAGUCUUCAGUGUCACGUGAUCCUUCAGAAAUCAUCCUAAUACGCUGAUCUGAUGCUUAAGAAACAUUUCUAAACAUUAUCAAUGAUGAAAACAGUUGUGCUGCUUCAUAUUUUUGUUGGAAUUGUGAUGCAUUGUCUUUCAUGAUUCGUCGAUGAACAAAGUUCAAUGAACAGCAUUUAUUUGAAAUAAAAAUAUUUUGUAAAAUUUAAUGAAAGUUGAAUCAAAGUAUUAGUUUCUUCUUUUUUUAAUAUUACACAAAACGUUUGAAUGUACCAUGUUACAAAGGUUUUCAAUUCAGUUUCUUGAGCAGCAAAUCAGCACAUUAGAAUGAUUUCUGAAGGAUCAUGUGACACUGAAGCCUGGAGUAAUUCAGCACGAAUAAAUUACAUUUUAAAAUUGUAAUCAUAUUUCACACUAUUACUGUUUUUACAGUAUUUUUAAUCAAAUAAAUGCAGCCUUAGUGAGCAAAAGAGACUUCAUUCAAAAACAAACAAAAAAAAUCUUUAUUAUUACUCAACCUUUUGACUGUCGUGUAGUUUUUUCCCCAGAAUUACACUCAUAAUGUUAAUCUAAAAUAAGCAUGUUUUGAGCUCUGAAAGUUGAAUCUUUCACGUUUACCAAAAUGUUUCAAGUCAGAAAAAAUUCUGAAAUACAAUGCUUUGAAGGCACUUCAUGUCAACAUGAAAUGCAUUUAUUAGUGCGAUAAAAAUGCUCAAUGCUCAACAGGUUAACAUAGUGCUGUGUUACAUCGACUCUUACAAAAAAGAUCACAGAAUUAAUAAUGAGCAUCAGCACUGUUCCUCUUUCAGCAAUAUUUAAAACCAUAAAUUAUCUGUGUUUUGACUAAUGAGUUCAAUAUCUAUUUUAAUUGCUACCAAACUUCAAAUAAACCGUAUUUACAGACUACAAUGUACAUCUCUUAACCUAAAAGUAGGUUAAAAGUAAUUUACAGCAUGCACGUGUUGCUUCUGUUUGCUGUGUCUGCAGUUUGACUAACAGUUGAUUUCUCAAAGACCCUGGUGUAAUUCCAACAAAGAUCAAUGUGUGAUCAGAUGAUAUUGAAAUGAAUCUUAAUUCUCAAUGAGUGUUAUUCUAUUUAAUAUAAUGAUAUUGUCUAUGCAAUAUCAGUUUAACAAAUUAUUCAUUUUGGUAUUCAGCAAACAACAAAUGACUCGUUUGAAUGUAUUUACUUGAGGUUGAUUGUAUGUUGUCUUUGUUAUGUCAUCUUAAGUUCUUCCCCAUUAAUUCUUCAUCACGACUGAACUCAUGAGAGACUUGGAUUAAUGCUGAUAUGUUUGUUUUGAGCGAGGAAGUAAAUGGCAAUUAUGGAGACAGCAUGAAUAAUGCAAUAUUAUGUGCAUGGGCACUGGGAUAUUGAAAUAAUCAUUUCAACAUAAAAAUAAAUGUUGCAUUACAUUUAAGAAAUGUAAAUUUAUGGAACUCGUUUACCCACUGUCUCCUUAGCAUGUGCUUUGUUGAUGUCAUUUAGCAAGACAUGACUCGUGUCAGGUCUUCUGGAAAGUCUUUGUCAUCUUCACAACAAAAACACAUGACGUGCAUCUUUGCUUUAAUUCAACAUUUUUGGACCACAGCACCAACUUUCUUUGGCCAGUGUGGUUACCUUUAUCAUAACAGUGUUAAUGUACGUUAAUGCUGAAAUAUACUAUACUACCCGAUUUACAGUCUGGAUCUGUCGAUGCUCCACAAAUACAUGCAGAGUAUACAGUGCACAGUUUGCAGCAAGCAUACUGUGGAUCGGCUUUCUUUACACAGUGUAAUGUUACAAGUUACUAAGUUGAAAGUACUGUUGUGUUUGAUGAGCAAUAAUUGUGUUGUUGCUCCUGCCUGUUCCUCAAACCACAUAUUACAAAUGUUAAUGUUUUAUUUACGCAAUGUUCACCCCAAAGGGAGCUAAAACAUUCAUUUGCAUGUUAUUGAAUGAGAAUCCGCAGUAUACUGUACGCAUUCCAAUAACCUGUUGUAAUGGGACUUUAGGGAAGUUGAUAUCUGAAAUGUGUGCUUCCUCUGAGCCUUUGUGAUUAUUAAACUCUGUUCAUGAGAGGUUUCACAAAGUUGCUUUACUUCAGGUACACUCAAAAAAAGGAAAUUAGCUGGUUAUUACAUUAAAACAAGCGUAACGUGUAAUUUUAACAAAAUUAUUUCAUGUUUCAAAGGUGAACGUGAUAAAAUAAUGUAGGAUAAGCAUGAAAUUCAACAAAUUAACAUUUGUUAAAUUCAGUCAUGUUGAGAUAACGUGAUUCAAUAUAGUCAGACUGAUCUUGCACCGAAAAUGGAUUAGCGAGAUCACGGGAGAUGACAAACCGCGUGCUUCGGAAAAUAACGAGAUUAUCACAUGAAGAACUUGCCUGGCGUGCCUGGAGUUCAUUUGGAAAAGGUAAGAUAAAAUCUGUUUUCAUCCAUCUACAAAACGAUGUGUAUAAAGUCAUCAGCAGACUGUCCAUCAUUUUCAGCAAUAUUUGGUCAUGCUUGUUUGUUAUUUUUGUACUCAGGCCGUUAAUGUCAUGCUGGCACAUUCAUGCUAACAUACGUGACGAUAGUUGGCUCGCAGUUAAAGGA